AUGAUCGCUUCACGAUCUACCACGGCCCUCGCCCUGGCCUUGUACGCAUCAACCACGUGGGCCGCAACCGUGUCGGAGAUCUUCCUCAGCAGCAUCAAGUCCGCACGCCCCAUCGCCGCGAAGCCCUCGUUUGCGCGAAACAGGACCUGCAUCGUGGACAGCCACAACGACGGGACGACAGACGACUCGGAAUACAUCGCGGCGGCGCUCGAGUCGUGCAACGGCGGCGGCCACGUCCUCUUCCCCAGGACGCAGUCGUACGUCAUCAACGAGCCGCUGGACAUGACGGGCCUUUCGAGCGUCGACAUCGACAUCCAAGGCUACGUCAAGUUCACCGACGACAUCCAGCACUGGCUCGACAACACGUUCGACCUGGGCUUCCAGAACGCCUCCAGCUUCUUCAAGCUCGGCGGCUCGGACGUCAAUGUUUACGGCGGCGGCACCAUCGACGGCCAGGGGCAGGCGUGGUGGGACAAUUACGCCAAGAACAAGCACGACCGCCGUCCGGUGCUGUUCGCGAUCGAGGACAUGCACGGGGGCUCGGUGUCGGACCUUGCGCUGGUCAAUUCGCCGUUCUGGCACAAUUUCGUGGCGAACUCGAGCGAGGUGGUGUUUACGAACAUCUCGAUCCGCAGCGUCAGCAACAACCAAAAUUUCGAAAAGAACACCGACGGCUGGGAUAUAUACCGCUCCGACCACAUCACCGUCCAGAACUCCACCGUGACAAACGGCGACGACUGCGUAUCCUUCAAGCCCAACAGCACCAACAUCCUCGUGCAAAACAUGUCCUGCAACGGCACGCACGGCAUGAGCGUCGGCAGCCUGGGCCAGUACCCGGACCGCACCGACUUCGUCGAGAACGUGCUCGUGCGCAACGCCGACAUGUACAACUCGUCCGAGGGCGCGCGCAUCAAGGUCUGGCCCGACGCCUUCUCCGAGAAGAGCGCGACCCUCGUCGGCGGCGGUGGGAGGGGCCGCGUGCGCAACGUCACGUAUGACGGCAUGUGGCUGGACAACGUCGAUUACGGGUUGACCAUCACGCAGUGCUAUGGGCAGGAUGAUGAGGAGGAGUGUUUUAAGCAUCCGUCCAAGUUGAACAUCACGGACGUCACGUUCCGGAAUAUUCGGGGCCGCUCGAAUAGGGUGUUUGCGCCCAUCGUGGCCCAUCUGGUUUGCUCGAGCCCGGAUACGUGCGACAACAUCGUGGCGGAGAAUGUGGAUAUCCGCACGAUCAACGGGUCGAAUCUGGUCACUUGCCGCAACAUGGACGAGGGUCUGCUGGACUUGAACUGCGUGGAUUGGAGCAAGGGAUAUAACCCAGCUUGA